GUCGGCAAACCAGCGCCCGAUUUCGAGUGCACAGCAGUGGUGGAUGGAAGAUUCAAGACUGUCUCGCUUUCUUCAUACUCCGAAGCAAGCCACUGGCUCAUCCUCGUCUUCUUACCCAAGGCCUGGUCCUUCGUCUGCCCAACCGAGAUCAAAGCAUUCAGUGCCAGACUCGAAGAGUUCCUCUAUAGCCGCGCUUGCGCCGUAGUCUUCGCAAGCACCGACAACGAGCACAGCCUCAGAGCCUGGAAUGCAACAUCGGACAUGGAAGGAGGCCUCGGUGGAGUCCACGUCCCACUUAUCAGCGACACCAACCACAAACUCAGCCGUGACUACGGCGUCCUGAUUGAAGAAGAAGGCGUCGCCCAGCGAGCACUCUUCAUCAUCGAUCCAAAAGGCAACGUCCGUAACAUCACCGUCAACGACGCGGACGUCGGCCGCAGCGUCGAAGAAGCCAAACGCGUCCUCGACGCCCUCAUCUUCAAAGACGAGUUCGGCGAAGGCUGCCCCAUCGACUGGAAGAAAGGCGACAAAGGCAUCGACGUCGCCAGCAAGACCCGCAUCGAA